AUGAAGCCCUGCACCAGCGUAGGUUCCCACGUCUCUCAGCCGCGCCACGUGCAGUUUACGUGUAGGCUGCGGAGUCGACCGUCCCAUCCCUCUUUUGCUCUCUUUCUCUCCUCCGAUCUCGCUUCUCCGUCAGAAUCUCUAUCUUCCUUGUCUUCUCCCUGGCCUUCCUCGCGGAACCUCUCGCCGUGCUCUUCGUCGCGCCCUUCGUCCUCUUCCUCGGUUCCGCCCUGGGUGCCCCCGUUUGCUUCACUUUCUUCUUUCACAGCCAGAUUCCGAACGUCAUGCAGGCCUUCGGAAAACUCCAAUGGCAUCAUCGCUGGCCCUCCUGCUUCGUUAUCUGUGUCUUCAUCGCUCGUGCCAGCCCUCCCUUCUUCUCUUCCUUCUUCUCUUCGUUCUUCCCUCCCUUCUUCUCUUCCGUCUCUCUGGAGUCCGUCAUUUCGUUCUUUUCCCCUUUGUUCUACCUUCACAGUAUCCCCGUGCGCUUCUCCCAGGCAGCCUAAGAUAUCUCUCAGUGCGGCUCCACCCCUGUUGUCUUCGUCUCCGCUUCGUUUCGCGCCUCGCUCUGCCGCCUCCUUGUCUUCUCUUUCCGGCUCUGCGUUCUCCACGACAGCUCCGGGCCUUUCUUCCAACAGUUCCGAGGCCAAAAGUGAGGAGGAUCCUGCUGUCGCUCUGCCGCCGGCAACCCCAAGCUCGGCCAGAGAAGCCGCGGAAGAUCCGCCCACGGCUAGUCGCCCAGGGAGGGAGACUUCGGAGCUCGAAGCUCCCGACGAAACGCCGGAAUUACCCCUCGGGGAGGCGGCAGAGGGCAAAACGGAAGACAUCCUUGCGGUGGCCUGGCAAAGCGUCACGCAGGGGAAUCGUUUGAGCGAGGCACAGCGGCGACUCUGUGCCGCUGAAGUUGCCAGAAGAACGGAAGAAAUCACCCGCUGCUUCGCUUCGGUCUUGGAGGCGCCUGGCGACGAAACAGUUCAGGGAGUAGUCGGCUGCGGGGAAGAUGGAGAAGAGAGAGAGGAAGGCGAAGGAGCGCGCGCUCCAGUGCGAGAGACAGAAAAGAAGGAAGUACACAGAGCGAUGCAGGAUUUGGCGUCGUUUUUCUUCUUGUGCUCGGCGCUAAAACUGACUUCCCUGGAGCUCCGCGAGAGUCUCUUCGUCGCUGCGUCUCACGCUGCUUCUGUCGCGCGCCUCUCUUCGCCUUCCCCGUCUUCGACUGACAUUGCGGGCUCCUCCAGAGGGCGGCAGAAGGACACUGCCGCGAAGCCUCAGGAGGAAGCGCGCCCUGCUGUCGCUCCCUCUUCUCCUUCGUCUUCUCCUCCUUCUCUGUCUUCUUCUUCUCCUUCUUCUCCUCUUUCUUCUUCUCCUUCUUCUGGUCCGAGGUUCUCGCCGCCUAAAUGGGCCGCGCAAGCUGAAGACGUCGCCCUGCUGCUGAGAUGUAUCGGGAGCGAAGGGCGCGGAGGCACGCACACUGUUCAUUUGCUGGGGGGACCAGUCGAGCAGUCAGAGGCGCCUGGGCACCGUCCUGAAAUGAACGAAAAGGAGAUAAUCGAGGCGCUGGUCGAGGCGCUGCUCGGAUGGACGCGCGCCUCCAUGAUGACCGCCGCCGCCCUGACGAAUGCUCUGCAAGGCUACGCGUGGAAUGCUGCACGACGAGGUUGCUCCCCGGUGGACCCUCGGAAGGCGGGCGUUUUUCUGCGGCCUCUCGAGCGCGGCGGAUCUCACUUCUUCUCCCCGCAGCAGCUUGCGGAGAUCCUGGAGGCGCUGCUGCUUCUCAACUGCAGAACGUUUCCAAGGAUCCGAGAUGUUGUUGAAGCUAUCACCGCCGAGCUGUUGCGCACGAAUCGAAGCUCGGCCACUGUGUCGCCGCUCAAGAGGAACUCGUCGACCAGCGCCGGCGCUUUGGAGAGGGGCAACGUCUCCCUCCUGGCGUCUUGUUCUCUUGCCCCCCAGCAACUCGCUCUCUGGCUCGUCGUGCUUGCAAAGUAUCGCGUCGAAAACGACGAGGCGUUCGAAGUCAUGGCUGAGAUUCUUCAACAGCCCGACGUCGUUCGGAAACACUUGUCUCCGUCCCUCACGGCGGGCCUCGCGUAUGCAUUCGGAAAAUUCCUCGGCGGACGGCAGCAGGUCUGCCUGGAGACUCUCGGGAUCGGCGCGAGGCAGAAGCUCCAUCUGUUUUCUCUUGGGGAUUUGAGUCAGCUCCUCGUCUCCCUGACUCGGGCAGGCAUCGCCGACCGAGUUCUCUUCGCCCGCAGCGCCGUGCUCGUCAGAAGAUCUCUCACCCUUCAGCCUCCCUCGUCUUCUCCGUCUUCACCUGACCCUGCGGGAUCGACUGCUUCUUCGCCUUUCCUCUUUGGCUGCUCAGAUGCCUCACCCGAACAGGUGGUGAAUCUCUGCGUCACGUUCGCGAGACAAAAGCAGGGCGAUGACAGACUCUUCGAAGGCCUAGCAGCGCUCCUGCUGGCGCCCCCUCCCCCGUGGCUGAUUUCCACCCUAGUGAAGGAAACACCGCACGUCACCCUCCCGGAGACGCGGCUCGAAUGCCUCACUGCGGAGGACCUGAUUUCUGUCGUUGUUGCAUUUGCCCAGAUUCGCAAGAUCCAAAAACCACUCUUUGAGGCUCACGCCAAGGUCGGAUACCGUUCAAUAGAUCUACAUCACUGUCUUCUUCUGUCGCUGGCAAUGAGGAUUUCCGCUCUGCCUACGCGGCUCUCCGUCGCCGAAUUGCUUCAGCUCGUCGAGGCGGCCGAUUCUCUGGGACUCAUGCUUCCUCCCCGCCUCGGCGAGUUUGUUAACAAGGAACUUCCCCCCGAGUACACGCCGACAUUCUUUCACGGGUAUGAAGAGCGAUAUUAA